UUGGGUGAAUCGAGCACAUGGUGCCAAGGUCGCACAGAUUUUAGAGGCCGCAGAGGCCGUGGAGGUCGCACAAACCGCGGGGGUCGCACAAACCGUGGAGGUCGCACAAACUGUGGAGUUCGCACAGACCGUGGAGGCCAAAUUAGUCGACGAGCUCGAAGAAGUCGCAUAGUGAUUUUAGAGGAUAUUCAAUUAGUGCCGCCACAUGGAGAUAUAAGAGAAGAGAGGGAAUUUGCCGAUAUACAAUUGGCACCAGCUGCGGAUAUCGAAGUUGAGCAUGCUCUGAUACCAUCGAGCGAAGAUGAGGACAUUUUUAACAUAGGUACACCAGAUACUGCCUGUGCUGAUACAGUACCUAAUUCGCCUUCUUCGUUAGACAGCAGCCGAAGCCGUUUGACAACAGCCUUAAAUUUAGAAUUAAUGUCACGGACUCCGAAAAAGAUAGGAAACUUGUCCCUUGAUCACCCAGACAGCUCAGAUGAAGAAACUCUCUGA